AUGCCUGACCGCCCCUCAACCUUCUUUGCCAUGAGCCCGAGGAAGCGAGCACGCCCAAACCCCUCCGGACCCGCCACCGGCAGCACCGCCAGCCUGCCCGCAACCCUGAAGUCGCAGCCCAGCCUCCCCAGCAUCGGCCGAAGCCUGGCCACCGCCUCGGGCGAGACGUCGGCUGCGUCCGCUUCGUCGUCUUCCUCGUCCAAGGACCCUCUGCCCCCGCCGCCGACAACGACAACGACAACGACGACGACGACGACAAAGACGGCCCAGUCCAACGCACAACAACCAAAGACCCCCGCGAAGCAGCUUCGCAAGUCCACCUCCUGGUAUGGCUCGCUAGGGAGAAAGUCCUCGGCGUCGACUCAAGUUGCGCGAGAGACAAUCAUGGGCGGCAGCAUGAGAGCCGGCUCCACGCCAGAUUUCGCCCGCUUCGAGUCAAAGAGGAAUCCGGACCCAUCGGCCGACUCCGAUGCCCAGUCCAUACGGACAAUGCCCCAGAUCCCCGAAGACGACACCAACUCGAAAUCAUCUGCCAAACCGGGCAAGGAGGAUGGAGUGGUACUGGCAAAAGACACAAAGAACGGGAAGGGCUUGAGAAAGGCAUCAACUGCCUCCAGUGCGCCGGUUCGGCAGGAGGACACGCCGAAAGAACCCCAGGCGCAGCAACCCACUUCGCCGGGCGCGGCCCUGCGACCUUCGACUGCUUCAAGUUGGUUCGGGGGAUGGUUUGGCGCGCCAUCGGCAGAGAACACACAAAAGCCACCCGCCGACCAGGAUGACCCCAUGCCAGAUGCUCCCAAGGAGUCCGAAUCUGAGCCGACGGAAUCCAACCCAAAACCAGCAAGCGAGGACGAGCCGCCACGACCAGAGACCCCAAAGACCCCGAGACCCACAAGCUCGUGGUUAGGUAGCUGGUGGAACACUCCCGCACCGCCCGACAGCACGCAUAAAGAGCCACCAGCACCCUCGGUUGACGAGCCGCCUUCCGCGAAAGAGAGCGAGGAUGUGGUUAUGGAGGAUGCUGCCGCGCCGCCCCCGGCCAUGGAGAGUCAGCCGUCGGCUGGUUCAACCUGGGCAUUCUGGUCCCGUGAUACAGGUUCCAAGUCGGGCAAGACCAAGUCUCCGCCCGAACAGGGUGAACUCGCCGUCAUGGGUGAGGGGUCAGAGGCUAGCCCACGACGAUCCAUCGGUAUCGACGUGAAAGACGACGCUUCGGCCGUAGUGAAAGAGCCGCCUCUGAAGAAGGCCGUGAAGGAGUCGCCGACCAAGGCCGCCUCAUCCAAGAACAAGAAGAGGGUAAGGCCUCAGUCUUUGGAUCUGGAUGAGUCGUCUAGGCCAACGACGCCCGUCAACAAGACUGCCGUUUCAAAACCAGAAACACCAGGAUCUGUCAAAGCAGCCCCGCCAAACUUGCUUCUGCCAUCAUUUCACAACACCUAUCGUAUGAAACAGAACCCGUCCAUCAUCAAACAGAUUGCACAACUGUUGCUUAGAACGCAACAGCCGCCCGCGAAUCAUGUUUUCUUAGUCAAGGAGCCCCCAAAAAUCAAGAAGGCCAUCGCAAUCGGGGUCCACGGGCUAUUUCCAGCAACGUAUCUGCGUCCCAUGAUUGGGCAGCCGACUGGAACUUCUCUUCGGUUUGCCAACCACUGCGCCGAAGCGAUAAGGCGAUGGGCCGAUAGCCAUGGCUGUGAGGAUUGCGAAAUCGAGAAGGUGGCCCUCGAGGGCGAAGGCAAGAUUGCCGACCGUGUCGACAAUUUGUGGAAGCUGCUGCUCAACUGGAUAGAGCAUAUCCGGAGUGCCGACUUGAUCCUCGUUGCCUGUCAUUCACAGGGUGUCCCGGUAGGACUGAUGCUGGUCGCGAAGCUGAUCGACCUCGGCAUCAUCACAACGGCCAGGAUUGGGGUUUGCGCAAUGGCGGGCGUGUCCCUUGGCCCGUUUCCGGACUACAAAUCGGGCAUGGGGAUGCUCAUGGGUUCGGCAGCCGAGCUUUGGCAGUUCGCGGAUCCACAGAGCGAUAUCUCACAGCGUCUCGAGCACUCUAUCAAGACCGUCUUAGACCACGGCGCGCGGGUGACUUAUAUCGGAAGCAUCGAUGACCAACUGGUGCCCAUGGAGUCUGCAAUUUACUCGCCUGCGUCACAUCCGUACAUCUACCGAGCCGUAUUCGUCGAUGGCCGGAUCCAUGCUCCCGACUUUAUCGCUCACCUGGUCGGUUUUGCGCUGAAGCUUCGCAACAUGGGUAUAUCCGACCAGGGGCUUAUUCGCGAGCUUUCUGUUGCCCUUGCCGGGAGUUUGUAUUCAGGAGAGGGGCAUUCGCGUCUUUAUGACGACGACUCCGUCUACGACUUGGCCGUCUCGCACGCACUUGAGACGACGGUGGUCAACAAUGUCCCGUGCCGCAUCGACAAGCACGAGGGGUUGACCAACCCCAACCCCUACGUCCUCCCCUGGAUCAUGCGCGGCCUGCUCGAGGAGGACUUUGUCAAGACGGAGCUGUCGGCCGAGACGGCCGAGCUGCUCAAACAGUUCGACGAUUGGAAGCCCGUCACCAAGGCCCUCAAGGACAUCAAGUUCCGUCUAGAGGCCGUGAGGUCCAAGCUGUAG